GUGAAGAUGGCACUGGACUGGGCAUUGUUUCAUUCUGUUACAUGUAGCGUAGCCAUGAGCUGGAACUCGACAGCAGCUAACAACCACAGGCACUUUUUAAGCACUUCAUAUAUUUUAAUUAACUAAACUUUAUAAUAUUUCUGUGAGGUGGAUACUGUUGUUAUUGUCAUUUUACCAAGGAGGAACUGAGACAUAGAGAUGUCAUACAGGGUGGAGCUGGGCUUUGAACGUAGUCUGAUUCCAGAGCUCAAGUUGUUAACAGUAUUCCUAGGCACACAUUACUGGUUAGUAUUUAUAGGUGUGUUGAUAAAUUUACAUGAAAUCUUUGUUAUUAUACUUUGCGUAAUGAGUAUUUUUUUGUUUGUUUUUAGGACAUUCAGUCAGAAGAAGGCUGCUAUUGAAAGAGAGUAUGCACAGGGUAUCCAGAAGUUGGCUAGUCAAUACCUGAAGAGAGAUUGGCCUGGAAUAAAAGCUGAUGAUCGGAAUGAUUACAGGAGCAUGUAUCCUGUUUGGAAAUCUUUUCUCGAGGGAACAAUGCAGGUAGCCCAGUCUCGGAUCAGUAUAUGUGAAAACUAUAAAAACUUCAUUUCUGAGCCUGCAAGGACAGUCAGAAGCUUAAAAGAACAGCAGCUAAAGAGGUGUGUGGACCAGUUGACAAAGAUCCAGACUGAAUUACAAGAGACAGUAAAAGAUUUAGCUAAAGGCAAAAAGAAGUACUUUGAGACUGAACAGAUGGCUCAUGCAGUACGAGAGAAAGCUGACAUCGAGGCCAAAUCUAAACUUAGUCUUUUUCAAUCAAGAAUCAGUUUACAGAAGGCAAGUGUAAAGUUAAAAGCCCGACGAUCUGAGUGUAAUUCCAAAGCUACCCACGCGAGGAAUGAUUAUCUUCUUACAUUAGCAGCAGCAAAUGCACAUCAGGAUCGCUAUUAUCAAACAGAUUUGGUUAACAUUAUGAAGGCCCUUGAUGGAAAUGUUUAUGAUCACCUGAAGGAUUAUUUAAUAGCCUUCAGCCAGACUGAGCUAGAGACAUGCCAAGCUGUGCAGAACACAUUCCAAUCUUUAUUAGAAACCUCCAGCAAGGUGAUACGGGACUAUAAUCUUCAGCUGUUUUUACAAGAGAAUGCUGUAUUUCACAAACCCCAGCCUUUCCAGUUCCAGCCUUGUGACAGUGAUACUAGCCGACAACUAGAAUCAGAAACUGGGACCACAGAGGAGCACAGUUUAAAUAAGGAGGCUCGGAAAUGGGCUACACGUGUGGCACGUGAGCACAAAAACAUUGUUUACCAACAACGCGUUCUGGAUGAGCUGGAAUGUCAUGGAGUUGCAGCAUCAGAACAAAGCCGAGCAGAACUGGAACAGAAAAUAGAUGAAGCUAGAGAAAAUAUUCGUAAAGCAGAGAUAAUUAAGUUGAAAGCUGAAGCCCGUCUGGACCUGCUAAAGCAGAUUGGUGUUUCUGUGGACACAUGGCUAAAGAGUGCAAUGAACCAAGUGAUGGAGGAACUGGAAAAUGAGAGAUGGGCCCGCCUUCCUGCAGUGACCAAUAAUGGCACUUUACAUUCGCUUAAUGCAGAUGCCGAAGGAGAAGAAGGAGAAGAGUUUGAAGACAACAUGGAUGUUUUUGAUGACAGCAGUUCUAGCCCUUCUGGCACCUUAAGAAAUUAUCCACUCACCUGCAAAGUUGUUUAUUCCUACACGGCCUCUCAACCAGAUGAGUUGACCAUUGAGGAACAUGAGGUGUUAGAAGUGAUUGAAGAUGGAGAUAUGGAAGACUGGGUAAAGGCACGAAAUAAAGUUGGCCAAGUGGGUUACGUGCCAGAAAAGUACCUACAGUUUCCCACCUCGAACAGCCUCCUGAGCAUGCUGCAGUCCCUGGCUGCUUUGGACAGUCGGUCACACACAUCCAGCAAUUCCACGGAAGCUGAACUCGUUUCAGGCAGCCUCAACGGAGAUGCCAGUGUCUGUUUUGUGAAAGCACUUUAUGACUAUGAGGGCCAGACAGAUGAUGAAUUAUCUUUUCCUGAGGGAGCAAUCAUUCGUAUCUUGAACAAAGAAAACCAAGAUGAUGAUGGCUUCUGGGAAGGGGAAUUCAAUGGGCGAAUUGGAGUGUUCCCAUCGGUGCUAGUGGAAGAACUUUCAGCCUCAGAAAAUGGUGACACUCCAUGGACUAGAGAUACACAGAUCUCUCCUUCCCCCAAGCCUCACAGUUCCCUGCCUCCACUGUCAUUAUAUGACCAGCCUCCCAGCAGCCCUUACCCCAGCCCAGACAAGAGGAGCUCCCAGUACUUCCCCCGGUCUCCAUCAGCAAAUGAAAACAGCUUCCAUUCCGAAUCUCCAGGAUUCUCACAGGCACCAAGGCAUACUCCUGAGACCUCAUAUGGCAAACUGCGACCUGUCCGGGCGGCUCCCCCUCCACCCACACAGAACCACCGAAGGCCAGCAGAGAAGAUUGAAGAUGUGGAGAUCACGCUGGUGUGAUGGUGGCGUAGCCCAUCCAUGACUGCUACAAUCAAGGUCAGGCUUGGAGUUUGGCCAGUCUUGUUUUUUAGGCACCUUUGCAUGAUGAUGACUCUUGAACAGAGCAAAACCAAGGAGGAUUAUAUGUGACUGGGUGGCCUGGUGGACUCCUCUCACAUUUAUGACUAUUUUGUGCCUUUUUUGUUGUCAUUUUCUACAUCAUCUCUCCUACCAUAGCACAAAUCCUAGCGGGCCCUAGAAGCAGAGAGGGGCAGCCCUCACGCCUAACAGUGGUCCGUUUUUAUAUGAGACUCAAGACCAGGCCUCAGUCCACGGCACAGUAACAGAGAUAACUGAUCGUGUGCACUCGUACAGUAUAUUACUGUGGCCACAGGGAUGUGGCAGAGAUUCUCAUCUUCCUUACAGUGGCUUUUGUUCAUCUGAUUAAGUAUUAAUCAGAUCAUGUUGGCCAUAUAAGGCAUCAGAAGAAGGGAUUUCAGGAGAGGCUGGUUCCUCACCACAGUUAAUGCCCAGACAGAGAAAGUGAAACUUUAUUGGAAAAAAAUGGACUGCGCUGAGUUUAGCGCCAAUUGCAUUAAUGCACAUCCCUUCCACAACUAACGGAUUUAAAACAAUAACAGUGUCCUUUGUAUUAAUAUUUAUGCCAUUCAUUUAGUAUUAGUGGAGCUAAUAUUGAGGGGCUGAACUAGCAGCCACAUCUUGUUCGUCACAUAGACUAAUAGAAAGGAGGCUAUGGCUAAAGCAGAAAUGGAGCUUCCAGAUCUGAAAUGAGCCAGUUUAAUGUUCUUUUUGUAUUGGGAUAGUUUUUCAUCUUAAUUUUUGCAGCAUAUACUCUUCUGAC